CUGCUGAAAUUAAUCAUGACUGAAUAUGCGUCUUUAUUUUCACAAUCUACCUGUAUUCAUCCACUCAAAAAGCUGUAUUCCUCGGCUCCUUUACCCCGUUACCACGUAAAAAAAAUAAUAUUGAAAAAGGUAGGAGGCGGCGGCGGCAGGCGGCAGCGGCGGUGGUGGUGGCACCAGCGGCGGCAGCGGCGGCGGUGGUGGCAGCAGCGGCAGAGUAGCAACAUGGCUGUGAAUAGCACUGGUUUGUGGAGGCUCCUCCGGCUCCAGCACGGCGCCUCCAUCAUCAAUGUCUCCUCCAGAUCAAGUUCCUGGUGGAGUGGGGUAGAAAUGGGUCCCCCUGAUGCCAUCCUUGGUGUGACUGAAGCCUUUAAAAAAGAUACAAAUCCUAAGAAGAUGAACCUUGGUGUGGGGGCUUAUCGUGAUGAUAAUGGGAAGCCAUAUAUUCUACCCUCCGUCAGGAAGGCUGAGGAAUUGAUUAUUAGCCAGAAGUUAGACCAUGAGUAUUUGCCCAUCUCUGGUAGUGCAGAGUUCUGCAAAAAAGCCAUUGGUUUGGCCCUUGGUGAAGACAACCCAGUUAUCACUGAUGGAUUAGUAAGUUCCUAUUUCUUAGGUGAGAGAGCUGGUGCAUUCACAAUUGUCUGCAAUGACAAGGAUGAGGCCGCACGUGUCAUGUCUCAGGUGAAAAUCUUGAUCCGGCCUAUGUACUCAAACCCACCACUUCAUGGUGCUCGCAUUGUGACUACUAUUCUUAAUACGCCAGAAUUGCAGUAAGUUAUAACAUCCUAUG